GCAAGAUGUUCUGCCCGUGCUGCCCACGGCUACUUUUAUUACAAUAUUUUGGGAUGACAUCAGCUGCCACUGAGGAACAGCCAUCUACCUCCACUGCUCGUACCAGUAGGCCAGUAUUUGAACUUGAGGAGGGACAGUCUGCUGGCACCACAUCUCCCCAGGAAGAUACUUUAGAGAGACCUACCAGUACAUGUGAACUUGAUGAGGGACAGCCAGCUGCCACGUCUCCCCAACAAGAUAUGUCAGAGAAGCCUGAACGAUCAACCAAUGGGUCCCAUUGAAGGUGAUGAUGAGCCUCUUUCUUCAGACCCAGCCAAGUGGCCAUCACCAAUUACCGACAGCAUACGCACAGAGCUAGUUCGAAGAGGACCUACCAAGCCAAAAUGAGUGCAACCUCCACCCCCAUCUCCCGGGUUCACCCCGGACGGGCUCUGUCCAAUCUGAAGAACAAGGGUCAGUCUCCUGUAGCCUGCAGCACCCCACUGAUGGCAGCCUUUCCUGGGAAUGAUGAUGAGCAGGAGCGGCGUCAGCGCAGGAGAUCAAGGGUCAUUGACCUUCAAACUGCUGGUGAAUCCUCUUUUACAGACUCUGCUUCUCACAGUGCUUUGGGGACUCCUGCUGCUAUCCCCAAGCUGUCAAAUGCUCAAAUUUCAGAGCACUACUCGACCUGCAUAAAACUUUCCACUGAGAAUAAAAUCACCACAAAAAAUGCUUUUGGCUUGCAUCUGAUUGAUUACAUGGCCGAUAUUCUAAAGCAGAAGGAUUCUGAACUCACCAACUUCAAGGUGGCAGCUGGCACUCUGGAUGCUAGUACAAAGAUCUACGCUGUGAGGGUGGAUGCUGUUCACGCGGAUGCUUACAGAGUGCUGGGUGGUCUAGGAGCCGAAACUAAACCUGGCGAGGGCCGUGGAGCAGAAGAGGACGGAGACGAUGCAGCUGCAGAAGGAGAAGGCACCGCCAAGCAGCCAAAGAAAAAGAGACCUCCGAAAAAAACCGUAGAGCAGAACCUGAGCAACAUCAACAGCACCGAGUCAGAGAGGAGGUGUGAGGUGGACCCCAUGUUUCACCGCAUGGCUUCAUCCUUCGAUGAGACCAGCACAGCAGGGGUGUUUUUGCCGGUUCUCUUCAGUGAGAGCAGUCGCUGUGAGCUGCUCUUUCCCUCCCACCUCACCCUCCUGCAGUCCCGACCGUCCUACUCCCCUCCACCUCCACACAGAGUCCCCGCAGCACCCUUCAAGGCUGGACUGCAGCAUUCCCAGGAAAAAUGCUCCAUCUGUCCCUCGCUGCAGGAUUUCUCCUUCACCAGCUGGAACCCUGAGCAGACGAUGAAUCAGCUCUUGGAGAAGAUGAAACAGGGCGACCAUGUGUUUGAUGUGAACGCGGAGCAAGAACCAGAACCGGAGGAGUGUGGCGGGUCUGACUUUGAUGCUGAUUAUGAGGAGGGAUCCGCUGAUUUUGAAGAGGGACCUAAAGAGCACAAGGAGGGCAGUGAGGGUUCUGGUUCCGGUCCAGGAAGGGAUGUGAUUCCCAUCAGUGGGGGGGACAUUGCCACUAUGUGUCUGCAGCUGUCCUCUCAGCCCCGAGAGUACUCCUACUUCAGCCCCAGGACCAUGGCCACGUGGGCCGGCCCGGGAUACUGGCAGUUCAAACCAAAGCACAAACUGGAUCACAUGCCUGACAAGGAGACACGCAAGAGGAAGCCUAAGAAGAUCUAUGAAAUGGAUUUUAACGAUGAUGUCGACUUUGAUACUUUCUUCCGCACCACGCGGGCGGCCACCACUAACAGCAAAUCAGCCCUCAGCGCCUGCAGCAAAAAAACCACUCUGCCGGCCAGUUUCCAGUUCCCCCCAGAGACACUGUCCCAGCUCAGCCUCAAACCCUCCAGCUCGUUGUGUCAAGAGAGUGAACGGAGGCUGUCUGGGGAGCUGGGAGAAGGCAUCGGUGAUUAUGAUUACAACAACGCCAACGAUACCAUCAACUUCUGCCCAGGGCUCCAGGACGGUGACAGUGACGAUGAUGAUGUGAAUGCAUUUGCUGCUUCAGGCGAUGCUCCGCCUCCAGGUGAGGGAAUUCCAUCGCCGUCUGAAGACCCAGCGGGUGUGUCCACAUACAGGGAGGAGGAUCUGGUACCAGAACCACACAGGGUGAACAAAAUUGAAAUCAACUAUGCCAAGAUGGCAAAGAAAAUGGACAUGAGGAGACUCAAAAACAGCAUGUGGACUCUUCUGACUGAAAGUCCAGAGAAACAGACGCAGCAGGUGAAGGAGACCGCAGAGGCACCAGAAGUGUGUGGAGAAAAAGUCUUCAGUCAGACCACGAAGAACCUGCUUCAAAGAUUGCCGAGUAUGUUGGCUCAGAACCUGUCCGUGCCGCUGGCGUUUGUAGCUCUGCUUCAUCUGGCCAAUGAGAAGAAUUUGGAGCUGGUGAAGGUUGACGACAUGUCUGAUAUCAUCAUCAGACAAGGCCAAUGAGGAGGUCAACGGCAGAAGAUUCAGAUUUUCUUUGUCAUGUUUUACUUCACGUCUGUUUUCUCACCCUUUACAGUGUUUACGUGAGAAGAAAGGAAUAUUCUUCUGUUCUUUAAAGUAGCACACGACUUUGUUCUGUACUCACAUUUUACAAAAAUAGAUGUCAGAAGAAAUGUUUUUUAAUAAACCUGGUGGAUAUUUAAUUUCUUCAAUACGAAGCUUUUGGUGGGUAGUGUUGUCAGGGUGUGCGUCAUCACAAGCCUCCUGGUUGGAGAGGAAACCAGUUUGUCCAGGUUGCUGCUGCUGGGUGAGGCAUGUUGUGACAUCAGGAACACAUAAAUAAUGAUGUCUGAGGGAAACUUGUUCACUGUCUUUAUCUUAAUCUUGUUGUUUUUCAUAACCACCGUCCUCUCAUCCAGAUUAACCAUUAAGUUUAAGACGUCCCAAAGAUGGUGGGAAUGGUUCUUAGUAAUAUGUGAUGGUAAAUUUGCUUUUUGUUUAAAAAAAACUGUUUUUAUUAGUGCCUCGAAAUAAAAAUCAUGAGAAGUUUCACAAAAA